GAGUAUAUUUUGACAUUUGCAACAUGGCGUACUUCAUGCUUCCGCUCUUUCUUUCCCUUUCUUUUACCAACGUGCAUAGUGUCGAGUAAAAGAUGCCAGUCCCGGCCGCUAAGAAACCAGCAGCUAAAAAGCUGCCCGCUGUGCCGGAAUCCAAGCUAAAGUUCAGCAAGAAACAAAUCGUCAAGCGUGUUUCGGACACGAAACGUCGUCUGAAGCGUGCCGCUGUCGUUGCGCUGCGCAAGAAGGAGAAUCUGGUGCGUGCCGAGAAGUACCAAAACGAGUACAUCAAGGCCGAUCAGCGCGAGAUUAAGUUGCGUCGCCUCGCCAAGAGCCGCAACCAGUUCUAUGUGCCCGCCGAGGCCAAGUUGGCAUUCGUCGUCCGUAUCCGCGGUAUCAACAAGGUGGCACCGAAAGUGCGCAAGGUUCUGCAAUUGUUCCGUCUGCGCCAGAUCAACAAUGGUGUGUUCAUCAAGCUGAACAAGGCGACCAUCAACAUGCUUCGCAUUGCCGAACCCUACAUCACCUGGGGCUAUCCCAAUCUGAAGUCAGUGCGCGAGCUGAUCUACAAGCGAGGCUAUGUGAAGCACAGUCGCCAGCGUGUGCCGAUCACCGAUAAUUUCGUUAUCGAGCGCAAACUUCGCAAGGCGCAUAACAUUCAAUGCGUUGAGGAUUUGGUGCACGAGAUCUUCACCGUGGGACCGCACUUCAAGUACGCCUCGAACUUCCUGUGGCCGUUCAAACUGAACACACCCACCGGCGGAUGGCGCAAGAAGGCCAAUCACUACGUCAACGGCGGUGAUUUCGGCAAUCGCGAGGACAAGAUCAACAGACUGCUCCGCAAGAUGGUCUAAAGUGCUAAAGAGCAGAGCUUUGCAAAGGAAUAGUUAAAAAACAACAACAAAACGGUCUGGCAACAGCGAAAGAAAUAAAAUUAACUCUUUUUUAAAAGUAUCCAAAUGCCGUUCACAAAA